AUGGCUGAGCCUGAAAGCCCUUCAAGUGAUACCGUGGGUGAUGUUGAUGAGGAGGAAUAUGCGGAAGAUACAGGUGAAGUUGGCGACAACCAAACCAUUGCCAACCAGUUGAUGAAAAACCCUGGGGUCUUGGCUGCACUUCAGGACAAACUCUCUACCAGUGCAGGUUUACCACCUGGUUACCUAGAAAAUUUACCAAAAGAGGUAAAGAGGCGAAUCAAGGCUUUAAAGAAACUGCAGAAUGAAGUGAUCAACAUUGAAGCUGAGUUUUAUAAAGAAGUGAAUGCUUUGGAACUCAGCUAUGUACCACGUUACACACAACUAUUUGAAAAG